UAGAGCCAAAAAAUUAAAAAAAUAAAAAAGAAAUGUACACCAUGAUGCUAAUUUGUUAUUUGAUCCCAGAAAGAGAGGAAAGUAGUGGAGGGUUAAUCGAGGGGCUGAAUCUCUCCGAUUUUGGGUGUUCCAUGGCAUCAGCAAAGACGGAAAUUCGGGAUUUUCGGAUAUUUGUUGCCACUUGGAAUGUGGGAGGGAAGGCACCCAAUCUUGACAUGAACCUGGAAGAUUUCUUGAUAAUGGAAGACUCUGCAGAUAUUUAUGUGUGUGGGUUUCAGGAAAUUGUGCCACUCAAUGCCGGGAAUGUUCUAGUAAUUGAAGACAAUGAACCUGCUGCAAAAUGGCUAGCCCUUAUAAACCACGCACUUAACAAGCCAGAUUACGAUUUAACGCACCCAUCUCCCGACGCUAGCCAAAGUUCGAAACACUUCAAUACGCUAUUGAAGGAUCACUUCUUCUAUAAACCGUCACUCAAAGUCCUGAGUAGGAAUUUCAGGGCUGAAAGCAGCCUUCUCAAGACCUGCAACUGUCCCGUUGAAUCCACACAUGGGGAGAAGCGAGGACAAAAAAAGCUUAGGGAUUUAGCAAGCAAACUUGACCUUGGUCCCCUUCCUGCGCGUCGUGAUGGUGCAGUUGAUGAGUUGGUUGAACUUUCUGGUAUGCCCCCCAAUUUUUCAAGUGGCCAGAUGGGUUACCGGCUCGUAGCUAGUAAGCAGAUGGUUGGGAUUUUCCUCUCAAUAUGGGCUCGAACUGAGUUAGUGCCAUACAUUGCUCAUCUACGAGUUUCCUGCAUAGGAACAGGAAUAUUGGGACGCCUUGGUAACAAGGGAUGUAUAGCAGUAAGCAUGACAUUGCACCAGACCAGCUUCUGCUUCGUUUGCAGUCACUUAGCUUCAGGCGAGAAGGAAGGCGAUGAGCUGAAGCGGAAUGCUGAUGUUAAUGAGAUACUCAAAAGCACACAGUUCCCUAAGAUUUGCAAAGCUUCAAAUCCUCGAGCCCCAGACAAAAUUAUUGAGCACGACCGAGUAUUGUGGCUUGGAGAUUUGAACUAUCGGGUAGCCUUGAGCUAUGAAAAAACCAGGACUCUUUUGGAGGAUAAUAAUUGGGACAUCCUCCUCGAGAAAGAUCAGUUAAACAUUGAGAGAGAUGCGGGAAGAGUGUUCAGUGGUUUCAAAGAGGGACAAAUACACUUUGCUCCUACAUACAAGUACUCUGACAAUUCAGAUACAUACGCUGGUGAAACUGUUAAAUCUAAGAAGAAACGUCGAACCCCCGCAUGGUGCGAUCGGAUACUCUGGCAUGGUUCUGGCAUUGAACAAUUAUGUUACGAUCGUGGUGAGUCACGAUUUUCUGAUCACCGACCUGUUUCGUCGAUGUUUUUGGUGGAGGUGGAAGUAGCGAGAAAGUCUGAUAAUAAAUUCAGGAAGGGCUAUUCAUGUGCGUUAAAGAUGUCGGAAUAUGAAGAUUCGAUACCAAAACGACAUAGUUUUUAUGAUUUGUAACUAAAAGCUUCAGUUUCUUUCGUUUAGGUCAUUAUCAAGUUUAUUUCACCUGUAUUUAUUUUCCUUUGAAAUUAUUUUAUUUUAGUUUCUCUUUA